AAUAAACACCUCCCUCCUCUCCAUCGCAACCAACAGCUUGGAGCCAAAGAGAAACAAUAGCCAAAAAAAAAAAAGCAGCCAGAGCAAAAGGGCAGGACAGACAGGCAGACCGAAUAAAAUCUCUCCACGACGAUCCUCUCCUCCCCCUCCUGCCUAUUUCUCUCUCUCUCAUACCUUCCGCUACAGAGGUAUUUAUAGGGAGAGAUCGGCGCCAGCAUCCCUGAUCAUAUUCAGUUCUGAGUUUUUCUUUUGGCAGGGAGAGGGACAAAGAUGAGUCUUUUCGGCCUCGGAAGCAAGAACCAGAAGACAUUCAGGCCAAAGAAGAAUGCACCAUCUGGCAAUAAGGGUGUGCAGCUGAAGAAGCACAUUGAUGCAACCUUAGGAAGUGGUAAUUUGAGGGAUGCGGUCAGGCUGCCUCCUGGAGAGGAUCUCAAUGAAUGGCUAGCUGUUAACACUGUUGAUUUCUUCAACCAGGUGAACAUCCUUUACGGCACUCUGAUGGAGUUCUGCACGCCUACUACAUGUCCAACAAUGUCAGCUGGACCUAAGUUUGAGUACAGAUGGGCUGAUGGAAUUCAGAUCAAGAAACCCAUCGAGGUUUCGGCACCGAAAUAUGUCGAGUAUCUGAUGGACUGGAUUGAGGUCCAGCUUGACGAUGAAUCCAUUUUUCCUCAGAAACUUGGAACCCCCUUCCCACAAAAUUUUCGGGAAGUCGUGAAGACGAUAUUCAAGCGCCUUUUCCGUGUUUAUGCUCAUAUUUACCACACACAUUUUCAGAAGAUUGUGAGCCUCAAGGAAGAAGCCCACCUUAACACCUGCUUCAAGCAUUUCACAUUGUUCACCUGGGAGUUCAAAUUGAUCGAUAAGGCUGAGCUUGCUCCACUUAUCGACCUAAUUGAGUCCAUUGUUUCCGUUUGCUGAGAUGCCAUCGACAAGUGUGAAGACCUUUUUCUUCCUUUUCUUUUAAUUUAUUUUUCGGGUACAGCAAAGUGUGCAGAAAGAGCGAGUUCAUGGCUAAAAGAAAUGGCCAAAUAAGUCAAUUUUUUUCUUCUGAUUUUGUGUUCCUUCUCCCUUCUAUUCUCUGAAUUUAAGAGAUGCUUUGUCUCAUGAACACUGGGAUAAAUUCAAUGGGGGAAUAGAGGAGAUUGUUGUUGUUCUA